AUGGCACAAAAAAUAUGUAACAGAGUAAGCAAAGAUGAGAGAGCUAACGCAAGUUUGAAGGAUUUGCAGGAGAUUGCAAGAGCAUUUGAAGCAGUAGAAAUUCAGAUGAAAUCCUUGGAACAGCCUGGUUCGCAACACAAACCAGGGGAGGGGCAGGUAAACUCAGUGGGACGUGGUUUUAAGAAAGGCAAGAAGGGAAACAAAGAUGGAAACAACGUUAGUGGUCAACGCAAGGGAACUGGGACUGAGCAAAGAUGUUUCAACUGUAACCACACCAGUCAUUUCGCUAGGGAUAAAACUUGCCCCGCUAGGGAUCAAAAGUGUAAUGAAUGUGGUGUUACUGGGCAUUUUGCUGCAUGCUGCAGAAAGCGGGACACUAAAAAUCCAAAAGGAUGGCAUAAGAAAGGAAAUGAAGCCGGAAAGAAGAAAGUGUAUCGUGUUGAUGAAGAGGAAAAACCAAGAGCCAGGGAGGAUUAUGCAUUCGUCAUUGAAAAAGGCCAAGCAGGUGUUGGCGAGAUUACUCUUAUGAUUGGUGGAGUUCAAUUGGACGGUGUACUAAUUGACUCGGGGGCAUCAUGUAAUUUGAUUGAUUAUGGAACAUGGAGUAAACUGAAGGAAAAUAACAUUGAGUGUCAGUCAACAAAAUCGGAGAAGAAGUUAUUCGCCUAUGGUCAGAAAGACCCCAUUGAAGUUGCUGGGACAUUUGUAUCUGAAAUUGUAUGUGAAGCUAGCGGUGAGAAAUGCACAGAUGAAUUCACGGUGAUAAAAGGUGCGGGGAAACCUUUACUUGGGAAGUGUACAGCAGAAAAGCUUAAAGUGUUGCAUGUGGGUCCUUUAUAUGGAGCGCAAGUUUGUUCGAUUGCAACAGAAGGGAGUGAUAAAGAUAUCCGUAAAGAGUAUUCAGAUGUAUUUGAAGGAGUGGGAAAACUGAAGGAUUAUCAGUUAAAAUUGCACAUCAACAAGGAGGUGAAGCCAGUUGCACAAGGGGUUCGCAGACUUCCAUUUGGUUUACGAGACAAAGUGGACCAGAAAUUGGAUGAUCUACUGGCAAAAGAUAUUAUCGAGGAAGUACCGAACAGCCCGACAGAGUGGGUCUCACCUCUUGUGGUGGUACCAAAACCAGACGGUGACGUGCGGGUGUGCAUUGAUAUGCGCAAAGCAAACGAAGCAAUAGUACGGGAAAGACACCCUAUUCCUACAAUUGAAGAAAUCUUGUACGAUCUCAACGGUGCAACCGUUUUUAGCAAGCUCGAUUUGAGAUGGGGGUUUCACCAAAUUGAGCUGGAGGAACAAUCGCGUGAUAUCACAACCUUUGUAACUCAUCGGGGGUUGUACCGGUACAAAAGACUUAUGUUUGGCAUAACAUCCGCUCCUGAGAAGUACCAGAAGAUUAUAUCGGACGUCAUACGUGGGUGUAAGGGAGUAGCUAACAUUGCUGAUGACUUGAUUGUGUAUGGAGGUGAUUUGAAAGAGCAUGAUAGUAAUCUGCGAGAAGUUCUACAACGGUUGAGGGAUAGUGGCAUGACCUUGAAUGAAGUGAAGUGCCAAUUUAGACUUCAUAAGUUAACCUUUUUUGGACACGAACUAAGUAACAAGGGAGUCGCACCUAGUGAGGAAAAGAUUGCAGCAGUUGUGAAUGCCAGACCACCAAAGAACAUCUCAGAAGUUCGAUCAUUUGUUCAGCUUGUACAGUAUUCAGCCAAAUUCAUACCGAAUUUCUCCCAAGAAGCGGAACCAUUACGUAAACUGUUGAGAAAGGGACAUGUUUUCGUCUGGGGUAGUGAACAACAAAAAGCGUUUGAGAAGCUGAAGCAACUUAUGUCAACAAGUAAAGCACUCGCUUAUUUUCAGAAUGAGUACAAGACCAGAAUUGUAGCUGAUGCGGGUCCCGACGGUUUGGGUGCAGUCUUACUACAACUUCAUGGAGAAGAGUGGAGAGUAGUUUCUUACGCUUCGAGGAAUUUAACUGAGGUCGAGCGACGCUAUGCCCAGACGGAGAAAGAGGCGCUGGCUCUUGUUUGGGCCUGCAAAAGAUUUAACCUUUAUGUUUAUGGGCGAGAGUUUGAAUUGGAAACAGACCACAAACCACUGCAAUGCAUUUUCGGAAAAUCGUCGAAGCCAUCAGCAAGGAUUGAGCGCUGGGUCCUCCGAUUGCAGUGCCAUAACUACAAAGUAGUCUACCGUCCAGGGAGUUCCAAUAUCGCAGACGCUUUGUCCAGGCUGAACCAACCCAAACCAAAGGAUGUCAGUAGGGAAACAGAGGAGAUGAUCAGGCUGGUGGUGCAAGAAAGUACACCAGUAGCAUUGACACCGAGAGAAAUCGAAAGAGAGUCGGAGAAAGACGCUGAGUUGUCGAGUGUACGUCAUUAUGUCCAAACGGGAGACUGGUCACAAUGUAAGAUGCCAAGUUAUCUUUGUGUAAAGAAUGAAUUGUGUGUAAUUGGGAAACUCGUGCUUCGCGGAGACAGAAUUGUGAUACCGCAGAACUUACGAAAAACAGUCCUAAAGUUGGCUCACGAGGGGCACCAGGGUAUUGUAAAAACAAAAAGUCGUUUGCGAACGAAAGUAUGGUGGCCAAAAUUGGAUGCGGAUGCUGAGAAAAUGUGCAAGGCUUGUCAAGGAUGCCAAGUUGUGGGACAAUUCAGCCCUCCGGAGCCAAUGAUGAGAACUGAACCGCCCAUGGGACCCUGGCAAGACAUUGCAAUAGAUCUAAUGGGUCCAAUGCCAUCUGGAGAAAGUUUGUUAGUCGUGGUUGAUUACUAUAGCAGGUAUUACGAAGUCAUUGUUAUGUGCACAACAACAACUCAAAAGGUGAUCGCUGCUUUAACUCAAAUCUUUGCAAGGUUUGGUUUUCCACACUCUUUAAAGUCGGACAAUGGUCCUCAAUUUGUAUCCGAAGAGUUUCGAAAAUACCUGCUGGAAAACGGAAUAGAACAUAGGAAAUCCCCAGCGCUGUGGCCUCAAGCAAAUGGAGAAGUGGAGCAACAGAAUAGAACACUUCUAAAAUCCCUAAAAGUAGCAGAAGCAGAAGGAAAGAAGUGGCAAGAAGAGUUACCAAAAUUUCUCUUAGCAUAUCGUAGUACACCACAAGUCAGUACUGGUGUUACGCCAGCAUAUCUGAUGUUUGGAAGAGAGUUGAAGACGAAACUCCCGGAGCUGAGACGUCAAGACAGCAUACAAAACCAAGCAACGAAAGAGAGAGAUUGGAGCCACAAAUUGAAUCAGAAAGCAUAUGCUGACGAAAAGAACAGAGCUUCUCGUAAUCCAGUUGUGCCAGGUGAUCAAGUUUUGCUAAAGAAUACCAAAACAACCGUAAAGUUAGCUCCUAAUUAUGAGAAAGAACCGUAUACCGUAGUAACAAAAGAAGGAAAGGAGCUGAUGCUAAAGUCAAAGGAUGGAGAAGUAUACCGAAGAGAUAGUUCGUUUGUGAAACCAUUUAUCUUACCGGAAGAGUCGAGUUUACCGUUGACUGUGGAUUUGCCAAGUGACAGUGAGCAAGCGAGUGAAAGUUUAGGGGAAAAACCUUUGGAAACGGCCAUAGAGGAAAACCUUUGGAAACGGCCAUAG